ACAUACAGAUAUAAAUUAAUAUGUGAGAUAAUUACAUCAUAGUUAUAUACUGGCAUAAAUGUCUACAGUUGUUGGAGGAACUUAAACGUCAACAAGCGCCAUGGCAACAGUGUCAUGGCAACGAAAACAAAACCGACUUUCAUUUCUUUCCACAGCGAACGCAACUUUAUAAACUUCUGUAAUAAAGAUGAAAAAAGUGUGUGUUUAUUAUAUUUACUGAAGAUAUCUUAGAUGUAGAAGGAAACCGAAUCUGAAUCAGAAUCAGAAUCAUGUUUAUUGGCCCAGUUUGUUGACACACACAAGGAAUUUGCUUCCGGAAGUUGGUGUCUCUCCAGCGGUACAGAAAAAAGUGAAUAUAUGCAUGUAACGAAUCUCCAAUCAUGGCCUCAAAAGUUUCAGCAGCGCCUCCUGUUGGUCAAACUGCACCAGCAGCACUUUGUUCCCAAAACAAGCUCAUGCCAAACAACAUGGCCGCCGCGAGCAGUAAGCAGUUCACAUGUCCGGAAGCUCAGCGCAUCAUCAGCGUGCUGGACGAGUGUGUGAACAAGAUCGACGUGUUGUCGCUUCUGCCGCGUGAACUCGUGCAUCCUGAACGCGUGUCCCAGGAGCUCGGAGACGCAGCGGCCGAGUCACUCAGCGAACACCUGCGACUGUCUGAGGAGUAUCGCUCGCUUCACCACACAAACACACGGAAAGACGAGUCAAUGGCACAAGCUGUGCAGGACUCGCUGAGGAACUUCCUGCGCCAUGUGAGGCCUCAUAAAGAGGCAGAGCGAAUGAAGGCAGCGCUCCAAGGGGCGGGGCCAAUCAUUGAGGAGGACCAGAAGGCUGUGCAGGAACUGGGGGCGGGGCUACGGGAGUUCAGAGAUGUGCUAAUGGAACGCCUGAUGACCAUGACCCGAGAGGAUCGGGAACGCAGUAUAUACGUUCAGGAAGUGAGAGAGAGACAAGAACGUAAUGCAGAGGUCCUUCCCACGUUGGAGGCGGAAGUGAGAGCAAUGACAGAACACCAAGAAAAAAUGAUCAGGCAGAAGGAUGGAGAGAUCCGGCGUCUGGAAGAUUCCCUCCAUCAGAUGAAGAGAGUGUGGAAGGAGUUUGUGCUGCAGCUGCAGAAGAAGGCGGAGCAGCAGCACCAAUCAAAUCUGAAGACCUCAGAGAUUAAAUGUCUCCGCCUCCAGGAAGAAGCCAAUCAGCUGCAAGUUCAGCUCGAGCACGUCACCAUGGAGCACAGAGAGAGCGAGGGCAUGCUGAGCAAGAAGAACUACAAGCUGGAGACCGAGAUUGAAAACUGGAUUCAGAAGUACGAUAUUGAAAUGGAAGAGAAACAGGCGACGCUGGAGAGCGUGAUACAGGAGUACGAGGAGGAGCUGGCGGAGCUGCGCGAGCUGCAGGAACACUUCGCCGUGUUGGAGCUCGAGCACUCACAGAUCAUGGAGGAGAGACGGAGAGAGCGUGAGCGAAGAGAGGAGGAGGAAAGAGAGAGAGAGAUGAAGAGUCGAGCCGCCAUCGUCAUCCAGGCGUUCUUCAGAGGAUGGAAAGUCCGCAAGGCCAUGAAGAAGAAAACCAAGGGCAAGAAAGGCAAGAAGGGCAAAGGGAAGAAGAAGUAGUGAAGAAGAAGACGACGCAAGGAUCUUUGAAAUAUUUAGGACUAUAUUUAGCGCUGCUGAAUUCUGGAAUCUGAUCGGUCAGAAGGGUUUCUUCGGGUCACAUGACAAGCUGUUUGUGAAGGAACAACUGUUUAUAGCUGCGAUAGAAACGGAUAUAAAGUACGUCUCCUCGUUCUUUAAGAAGAAAUUUGUAUUUGUUGCUGUAUUACUGAGGGAUGAGAGGAAUGAAACCCAUUUACGAAAAGAAUCAACUGCAGAGUGUAACUUCUGUUCUGCUUCAUCACAAAACCCCGUCACUGAUUAUUUUACUGUCGCAGCACAACACACAGUGUGUUACUCCGUCCAUCUCUAUGAGAAGAUGAAGUAUAUGACACUGUACCUGAUGUGUGACGACCGCGCCGUUAAAGCAUAAAUUGACAGUAAAAACGCUGAAUAGUCACAUGAUUACGGUCGUGUAGCGCGAACGGUGUGUCGCUGCAGGUUCAAAAUUAGAUCAACGAGACGCUCUUUUAUUCUUAUUUUUCUUUUUCACGGAAGUACAUCUGAAAAAAAAAAUAGGUCCCCUAUGCGUCCAUGUGGCUCCUGCUUGUAAAUAAAACUGUUUUCUGAUCCCAUGUUCAUACAGUAAAUAUCGCAUAUAUACAUGUUAUCAAUUCUACUCGCCUCAUCUCUUACAAGCGUCACCAAGCUGCGAGCAGCAUCAGGGCUUGGAGUAUUUUGGUUCCCAAUUUUGUUUACUGUGUUUUGUUCAAAAUCCAGUGCUGUGAACGAGAUCUAUUUUCAAAAUAGUAAGAAAGAAAGCACUUGUUCAUGAAUUAACU